AUGCUGCUUUACUUUGUCCGACAUGGACAGACUGAAGACAACGUACAAGGUAUCAUCCAAGGACACAAAGAUACACCCCUCAACGCGCAUGGUCGUAAAGAGUCAGAGCGUUUAGCUAAAAGACUGAAGGAUCUUGACUUGCAUGAAGCUUGGGCUUCUCCACUAUCAAGGGCGAAAGAGACUGCCGAAAUCGUGCUUCGAAAUCAUCCAGGCACAGAAUUGAAGUUACACGAUGGAAUUAAGGAACGUGGACUGGGGAGUAUGGAAGGACGUCGGAGAGCUAGAGGUGAACAUGCACCUGCCGACGCAGAGAGUACUCAUGAAUUACUGCGUCGAGUAACAGAAUGGUUCGAUUUGUUCCUUUCAUCACAUAUACCACCUUCACCACUCCCUUCCUCGCCGUCAAUAUUCACAUAUCUCGACAAACACCGUCAUCUGACUAAGGAUGACGAGAAAAUCAUAAUGAUAGUCUCUCACGGAGCAUGGUUAAGUUGUCUUCAACAACUCAUCACCCAUAUACUCAAAUUCAAAAUUUCAAAUAAAGUCAAUUUACAUCAACCUUGUUACAAUACAAGUGUGAUGACUGUGAGAGUAGAAUAUAAUCAUGAUAAACAUAAGUGGAAUGGGAAAGUUGAAAGUUGGGGUGAUAUCGCUCAUCUAAGAGAUAUGGUGAAUGAGGAGGUUAAGGAAGUUGCGGAUGAUGUGCGAUAA